GGACAAUCCUUCUAUCGGGGAAGACUAGUUUUUUAUUCAGCUGUGUUAAAUAGACGCGAUGAUAGGGUUAAAAAAUAGUCAUAAUUAUUAUUAGUUACACACGUAUUUAAAUUAAACUUAAAAAAAAAAAACUAAAAUAUACCUAUGAUUCAUUUAAAAAGACUGAAUGUUUGAGACGUCAUAUUUAAAGUUUUUAAAUACCUAUAAAAGAGAUAUAAAUUCCAACGCGUUUGUCUUUGUUAUUUGUUUGUGAAAGAAAAGAAAAAUAAUAUUGAAGAAACCAUCUUGAAAAAAAAUAAUACGUUCUCGAUUAAUUUGUAUUUAAAUCAUAUUUCAAGUGUACAACUUGUAAAAAAAUCAAUCAUCCGAAUUGAGAACCUCCUUACGUCAUUAUAUUAAAAAAAUAAACUUCUGCAAUCGGUUCUUUAUAGUAAAAUUUCGCUACAAUCUUCAUACGAGUUUUGCUACGGUCUAUUGAGCCUUGCUUAACAUCUAUAUAUGAGCAGAUUUCAUAAUAUUAAACGCAUUUUCCGUCUGUCCAUCACUUUGUGCGGAGGCCUUUGCAGUUCUGACAAUGAGGUUGAUAUGCUUCUGGUGUUUCCUGCUCGCGGCGGCAGUCAGAGGUCAAAAUAACAACUACUAUGCACCACAGACCUUUCACCAAAAUGAUCCAUAUCAAAGGGCGUUGUUCUCGCCGGCUCCGAAUGACGUGAACGCACAAAGUACUACCGUGGUAGACCCAUGGAGACCAGCGCCAGUCAAUGAGUGGAAAGAGCGCACCACAGCGGGUCCUAUAAUACCUAAAGCGGAGCCGUGGCGUCUGCCGUACGGACUCACCAAGGAGCAGCAAGCGGCCAUCUUGCACCACAAACAAUCACUGACUUCAGACGGCGCAUUCCGCUUCGAGUACGCAUCAGACAACGGUUUGGCAGCUGGUGAACAAAUAGAGCCUGAUGGCUCCAGGGUCGGCGCCUACCAGUACAAGGACCCCAGUGGACAGCUCGUCAAGCUCAAGUAUAGGGCCGGGAAGGACGGAUUCCAGAUCUUGGAGGGCAGCCAUUUACCAAAGAGUCCGGAGCCUGUUCCCCCCAGCAACGCAGACAACUACUACCAGCAGGCGUACGCGCAGCAGAGACAGCAGUACAACCUGCAGCAACAGUAUAAUCAGCAGAAGCCCAACCCAGCCCAACAGAACUGGGGACAGAACCAGGGUCCCUCAGAACAGCGUCCCGCUGGUAACCAGUACUUCGUCUCCAAUUGGAGAGGUCAAAACGAGGACGACGGACAGUACCGUGAAAAUGAAGUAGACAACGCGAACAAACCGCACAGCUUCGGGGAUGGUUUUGCGUUCGCGUUUCAAGGAUAAAAACUAUUUGAAGCCUGCUAUUUAUCAUAAUUAACAACAUCUAUUUAAUUUAUUGUCAUCUUCCUGCCCUUUUCCCAAGUUAUCUGAGGUCGGCGCAAUAUGUUUUUUCUUCCAUUUCUCUCUUUCAGACGUUAUACUAAUAUCGACAUACUUCUUUUUCAUGUCCUCUUUCAGGCAGUUAUAUAAAUCUGUAUCUGUAUAAAUUAUAACAUUUAAAAUUAAACUUAGGUAUACUUUGAUAAAGUAGGGGUUAAACACUUUUUUUACUUCUUACUGAUAUAAAUUAUAUUCUAAAACCUUUCUUAUGGAACCCUCUAUCUAUAAUUGAAGUUAGAAAAUCCAUGUAGUAUUUUCUGAGCUAAUUGACGGACGCGCCUUAUUUUGAUAAAAUUGACAUUACUUCAAGAAGGAAUUUUAAAACUAGGAUCCACAGUUUACUGAGGGAACUAUUUUCCGCACUCGGAUAAAAAUAAGUUUUUUAUGGUGACGUAUCUGCUAAUAAUAUUUAAAUAUCUCCGUUCAGCUGUUUUGCACAACUAUGAAGAAGUUACAAAAUAACACACACUCAGAAUGUUUUGUUAGUUUUCAUAAUGUUAGUGUGAUAUAUAGUUACCGGCACGAAUCUUGAGCUCUGACCUUCACCUGCGCAGAAGUAAUGAAAUGAGGCGCAGGGGCGGGCUAAAGCGGCAUAACCGUCACUCGGGAUUGGUUAUUUGCUAAUAAACACUUCUGCGCAGAUGUAGGUCAGAGCUCAAGAUUCGUGCCGAUAACUAUACCCUAAUUAAAGAGAUGUUGCUAAUUAUGGCUUAACUUAACGUACUCUCUUACUUAAGUGUGUAUAAUAAUAUUAUUAAGUAAAUUAUAUAAUGAAUACAUUUGUAACUA